UCUGGCGCCUCUGUUAGAUGUUCACCCACGUCGUGACUAAGUCGAAAACCUAUGGUUUUUCCGAAGAACAACGGGGAAUGACAUAAUAGUAAAAAAUAUGAAUUGUACUUAUUUAAAGUAAUCGGUGGUAAAUUAUAUAUUUUAAGACCGACUUCCUGGAGGUGCGAUUCCAAUAGCGGUACUUGAGAUACCUACCCAUUCCAUGUUGUGCUCCUUGUUGUGGUACUUGUGAAUUUCUUCGAGAUUGAUAUGAACAUUACCUCAUCAUGAUUUUGUCUGUCAAGAUGUCUAAAGUUACAGUAUGCUGGAGCUUUUUCUUCCUUUUCGAUUUGGUACUGUGCCAAGAUAUAUCCUUUCCAUUUGACAGUGAAUAUUCGAAUUCAGCGAUAAAUCCCCGAUUCAAAACAUCCACCUACACACCUUCAACAACAGUUUUAACGAGACGACCAACUGAGCGAUUGAAACCUGUUGUAAAUCGAGAAAAAUGUCCUGGAAAUCAGCUCUAUUACCCUGGAGAGCCGUGGUUUUGCGAUUGUGGACCGAAGUACAUUUACUACAAACCAACGGAUCAGUGUUACAGGGUGUAUAUGAAAGGUCCUUGUUCUGAAGGACAGCAUCUGAUCGUGAAAAACAGAGAAGUGCAGUGCGUUAGGAACCCAUGCUCUGAGGGAUAUGUGAGAUACAAUGGUAAAUGUUACGAGUUAGAAAAGUCAGAUGGACCUUGUGGCGAAAUAAAUGGCGCCGCUGCAUUACUGAAGAUAAAUGCCAACACCUUGAAUGUGGAAUGCACAGAAGCGGGUGCGGAUACCCUGACAUUGUUCAGUUUUCCAGAAAGGUGUCCACCCGGUAGUAAGAGAGAUGCGCAGAAUAAAUGCAGAGAAAAUUGGAAUGUCGACUGAAGGCUCUUUUGUCUCCCAUAAUUAUUUAUUGGCUCAAAGAUUAUACCCGUAAAUUUUAUAACGACUUCAUAAAUUAAAUAUUUUUAGAUA